AAGUUUUUCAUGUUUUGUUCGGAAAAUAUAUAUGCGAGUUUUUGGAUACUACUAGACAUAAUUCGGCAGUCAUGGAACUUCCAAAGCCUCCAGAUGAUCCAGACUUGAAGAACAUUAUUGACAAGUUAGCUAACUUUGUUGCAAGAAAUGGAGCAGAGUUUGAACAGAUGACAAAAUCUAAACAGAAGGAUAAUCCAAAGUUUUCCUUCUUGUUUGGUGGAGAGCACUACAACUACUACCAAUUUAAAGUCACCACUGAACACUCAAUUUUGAACCAGCAAAAGAAGCAAGCUGCUUCUACAGUUACCAUGCCAACUACUCUGCCCAUGACAACACAGACUCUCCAACAGACCAGCAUUCCACCUCCUGGAGUUGUGUGGCCAAAUCCUACAGCUGUUCCACAACCAUCUCAACAAAUCCAACAAUUACAACAACAAAUCCAGCAAUUACAACAACAAAUUCAACAACAGCAAGAAACUGCAGCCCAGCAAAUCAAACAAAGCGAGGAAAACUUGUCUGCUCAGUACACUAGUAUGAUCCAACAGCAACAGGGCCAGAUAAAUGAGGCUGUUGUGAAGGCUCGUGAGGCAGAGCUACAAGCAUUAUGCGAUAAAUGUGGCACUCAAAUGUCUGAACUAGAUACUAUGGCUCAACCCAUUAUUGAAUCCUGUACUAAAGAUGCAAUUUCUGGUGGCAAAAAUUGGAUAUUCUCUCACAAUACCUCACAAGAACAUGGUGACAUGAUAGCACAAUAUAUUCUAAAAAGGGUGACCGACAAGACUGCUAGUUUUGACCUGAAGUUACACCUUAUAUAUCUAAUGAAUGAUGUUCUACAUCACUGUGUACGAAAGAAUGCUGAGGGUCUGAAAGGGUCAUUUGAAACAGUUGUCACGCCAGUAUUCUGUUCUGCUCAUGUUGGCAUGGAAGAGGAAAAACAACAGAAACUUACUAAGCUACUAGGUCUGUGGGAGAAGAACAAAUACUUUUCAGAGAAUACUAUACAGUUGAUGAAAGACCCAGUGGCAGGACUAGCUACAUAUCAGGCAAACAGUAUCACAAAAUAUGGCAGUGUUGUAAGUCAGAUCACACAGGCAGUGAACAUUCAGUAUAGUAAUCUACAGAAACAGCACCAGGAGUUUGUGAAUCACCUGAACAACCAGGUCUCUGCACUUCAGACACAUCUCACACAACAACAGGCUGUCUUACAGCAACAGCAACAAGCUGCAGCAGUUGUGCCCCCUCCUACAGCAGCCCCCUUAGACCCAGCACAGAUCAACUUAAACCAACCUCCCCCUGGCUUUCCACCUGGAUUCACCUCUCAGCCACCCCCAGACUUCAGUCAGCCCCCACCAGGGUUUCCCCCAGGAGGCUUUGCUGCAGGUGGGGCAACUAUAGACUAUAACCAUGGUCAAGGUGGGCCUCCCAUGGGGCUACCAGAUCUCAGUAAACCUCCCCCUGGCUUCAAUCCCUCUCUUCCCCCACCCAGUUUCCCCCUGGUGGAUACUGAGGCUGAUCUCAUGCCAACUGCACCCUACUUUGACCUCCCUGCUGGCCUCAUGGCUCCACUUGUCAAACUUGAAGAUUGUGAUUACAAACCCCUAGAUCCUAAAGACAUCAGGUUACCUCCCCCUAUGCCCCCUAGUGAGCGACUCCUGGCUGCAGUGGAGGCCUUCUACAGUGCACCAGACCAUGAUAACCCUAGAGAUGGGGAAGGAUGGGAGAAAUUAGGUCUCUAUGAAUUCUUUAAAGCAAAAAAGAGAUCAAAAGAAUUGAAAGAGAAAGAAAGACAGAAUGACAAAGUCAAAUCUUCAACAAGAAGGUCUAGGUCAAGGUCUAGGUCAGAUUCUCGGUCAACCUCAAGGUCAUCUUCAAGGUCACCUCCACCUCAAAGGAGACGUUAUGGAAGUGAUAAAAGGUCAAGAUCACCCAGUCCACCUUCUUUUGGUAAAAGUCAAAGGUCACCAUCACCUAGGAGAGGAAGAUCGAUGUCACCAUCACCUAGGAGAGGAAGGUCAAGGUCACUGUCACCUAGAAGGAGAAGGUCAAGGUCACCUCCAUCUAGAAGAGGGAGGUCUCGCACUAGGUCAAGAACAAGGAGCCCAACUCCUCCACAGUUCUUCAAUGAGCCAUUCUAUGCGCACAGUUCUGACUCUAGACUGGGACAGGAAAAUAAGGGACAUAUGUUGCUCAAGAAAAUGGGUUGGGGAGGAGCAGGUCUUGGGAAAGCAGAGCAGGGCAUAGUUGACCCAAUUAAAGAGGCAGAGGUUAGACAGAACAUGGAUAAAUUUAAGGGAGUUGGCAUGAACAUGACAGACCCCUUUGAACAGUUUAGGAAAAAUAAAAGUGCUGGAUUUAUACAGAGAAUGAAAGCAAGAGCAGGACCAGAUGACAAGAAAAAGAAGAGGGCAGAAAAAGAUGACUAGCACAACAUACAAAUACCCGGUCAUGAUUGUAUAUGGACUUUGAAUUCAGGCUAUAAUCAUGUCGAGAUUGUACACAAAUCCACAAAAUCGAAUGCCAUCUUAGAUCUACAUACUGGAAAAGCAUGUAUUUUUGUAUACAGUCAACAAAACAAAGAAAUACAAUUCAGUAAUACAAUAAAUAUAUUCAGUAUCUGUUUAAUAUAUAAAUGUAAAUAUUUCUGGUUGGUAGAAACCAUUGGUUGGUAACACAAUUAAAACAUAAUAAAAAACAGAAACUUAAGUAGUAAAUUAUAUAAUGGCAGAUACAGCUGAGUUACAACUUUCUGUUCUGCUGGAUAACAUGUUGCUUCACUAAAACUCCCAAACACAUUGUGAUGAUGAACCUGGCUUUUAGAAUAUAUUUGAGUUUCUACAAAAAGAUUCAAUAUCAAUUUGACUAUUAUUGGUAAUAUUAAUGCAAUGUAGAAAGAUUUCGAAAUGUUACCAAAUAUAACCAACCCAAUACAAGAUUUCUUUUUUAAAAAGAGUUAGUAAGAUUUUAGAAUUUGAAUUUUUCACUAUCCAUUGUAAAAUACAUUAUUUUCU